CAGGUUUGCAGAACUGAAACAAUUCGCGGAAGCUGUAGGCAGUGCUCUCGAAGUAGACUAUCCACACAAUGGCGCCUAGAAAGAUCAUUAUCGACACCGAUCCUGGAAUCGAUGAUAUCCUUGCCCUUCUCCUGGCACUGUCCGCUAAGCCAGAGGAAGUUGAGGUGCUCUUGGUCUCGCUUACUUUUGGUAAUAUCGAAGUGAGAAGCUGCCUGAAGAAUGUCGUAUCCAUGUUUCACAUCCUCGAGCGGGAGAUGAAAUGGCGUCGAGAGAAAGGUCUCCCCGAAGGUUACGGCGCCCUGCGCGCCUGUCCUCCUGUUGUCGCUGUGGGAGCGGAAGAUCCCUUGGAGGACCAGAAGAUGCUGGCAGAUUACUUCCACGGAACGGAUGGCCUCGGUGGAAUUCACACCAGCCACCCGCACCUGUCUCCCCAGGAAACCUGGGAGCAUUUGUUCGACCCAUCCAACGAUUCCAACGACAUUGAGCCAGUCCCGACUGGCGAUUCCGCCAACCGGCUGUUUGUUCCUUCAAAGCGUCCCGCAUACGAAGAGAUCCUCCGCGUUCUGCGCGAGAAUGACCCCGACACCGUUACUAUUGUAGCUGUUGGCCCCCUCACUAACCUAGCCAUCGCCUCUGCAAAUGACCCAGAGACCUUCCUUAGGGCCAAGGAGGUUGUGAUUAUGGGAGGAGCUGUGAACCAGCCUGGAAAUGUCACCCCUGCGGCUGAAUUCAACGCCUAUGCCGAUGCAGUCGCUGCCGCCCGUGUCUACGCCCUCACGUCGCCUUCUCCACGGAGCACGAUGCCCCCGGGCACGAGUCUGCCAAUGUACCCCGCUACACUCAGCAAACAGCUCACCCUUCGCACCUUUCCCCUCGACAUCACUCUCCGCCAUGGUAUGACCCGCGGUCAGUUCCGGAAGGCCAUCACUCCGCUGCUGGAAUCCGGCUCCCCACUCGCCGAAUGGGUGUCAGCUUUCAUGGCCCACACCUUCCAGACCCUGGAGAGGCUUCACCCGGGCCACGAGGGCGACAAGGCCGACCUCAGUCUCCACGAUCCGGUGUGCGUGUGGUAUGCUUUGACCGCAGAUGACGAAGGGUGGAAGCCGUCCGCAACCUCGCCGGAGGACAUUCGGAUUGAGACCACCGGCCAGUGGACGAGAGGUCUCUGCGUGGUGGACCGCCGCAAUCGCCACCGGAUUGACGGCGAGGAGGAGAGCUCCAACGACCAUGGCCUGUGGUUGAGCGCCAGGGCAGGAAACCGCGUUUUGAGGAUGGAUCACUCCCCGGUGGAGAACACCUUUGGGGGCAUCCUUCUCGAAAGGAUCUUCAACUAAGAAUAAUAGAGCGCGGCGAUGCAUUCACCAACCUACACUCGCCAUCCCCAUACAUCAAAGUCGCCAGUGAAUAGCCCCCUAUAUAGUGAUAGAGUUCCUG